AGCCGGAGCCGGAAGUGCUUGCCUUUUUCCCUGCCAGGACCCAGGGGUUACGUCCCAUCAGCCCUUGCGCGCCACCGUCCCUUCUCUCUUCCUCGGCGCUGCCUACGGAGGUGGCAGCCAUCUCCUUCUCGGCAUCAUGGCCGCCCUCAGACCCCUUGUGAAGCCCAAGAUCGUCAAAAAGAGAACCAAGAAGUUCAUCCGGCACCAGUCAGACCGAUAUGUCAAAAUUAAGCGUAACUGGCGGAAACCCAGAGGCAUUGACAACAGGGUUCGUAGAAGAUUCAAGGGCCAGAUCUUGAUGCCCAACAUUGGUUAUGGAAGCAACAAAAAAACAAAGCACAUGCUGCCUAGUGGCUUCCGGAAGUUCCUGGUCCACAACGUCAAGGAGCUGGAAGUGCUGCUGAUGUGCAACAAAUCUUACUGUGCCGAGAUCGCUCACAAUGUUUCCUCCAAGAACCGCAAAGCCAUUGUGGAAAGAGCUGCCCAACUGGCCAUCAGAGUCACCAACCCCAAUGCCAGGCUGCGCAGUGAAGAAAAUGAGUAGGCAGCUCAUGUGCACGUUUUCUGUUUAAAUAAAUGUAAAAACUGCCA